GAAUGAUAGAACUUGAGUUUGAAGAUGGUUCAGCCCUGAAUCCUUUUCUACCUAAGCAGUUCACUGCUCCACCCUUCUCAUAUACGUUGGCCCAUGCUAUCACCCCGCUAGAAGAAAACAAAUCUUUCUUAGAAAAGGUUGAGUUCGGAGAAAGACUCUGUGGUAUACGGGAGAACUUCAUUCUUGAAAGGAGUUAUAUAGAGGAUAAAAGGAUGCCUGAUAAAUUACAAAGAGAUAAAUGGCGAGAAUCUCCAACUUUUGAAUUCCUUGAGAAGUCACUGAGACAUGGGUCAGAUUCUACCGGUCUCACUGGUUCAGAUUCAGACUCAGAAUACAAAAUAUCAAACUCAAGGCUUGAGCCGUUAGAACCCCAGUACAGCCUAGAGUUAGAAGAAGACAAUGAAGAAGCUGAUUUUCUCCAAUUUGACGAAUUUGACAUGAGCCCCGAAUGUCCUGGGUCGGAGGUUGACCCAUAUAUUGACCCAGACGAGAUUAUAACAUCCGAGGAUAGAGAGAGGAUACUGGAGAUGGGAAGAAGUAUGUUUGAAAGCCUUAUAGCUGAGGAUAACCGAAAUACAGAGGAUGGUGAUACUAAACAGGCAGAGGCCGGCCUCAACCAGGCAGAGGUUGAUAUGAGGUUAAACCUGGACGAGGAUUGGAGGAAGAAACGAAAACGGCGGAAGUUACCGGAUAUACCCAAGGACAAAAAGCCUUUGGAAGGUUUGCUACAGAACGCUACUCUAUUUGAUGAGCUUACUGCAGCGACGCCAUCUUGGGAAACUAGAUCCGUAGUCGACCAACCCAAACCAGAGCCAAAGACGAGUACCAAUCCUUUCAGACAAUUAGACUCAUCAAUCAAUCAACUAACAAGGGAUGUAUUGAGUGGUAUAGCUGAAUCUUCUGAAAGUUCAUGUUUACCCCCUGCCCUUCUCCUUCAUCUAGUCAACAUAGAUAAGGAUGAGGAUAUUGGGGGAGGAGGAGGAGGAGGAGGGGAUAUAGAUUCAGGGAAUUCUACUUCACAUUCCCCAGAGGAACAUUCUAGACAAGUUUACAGGGAACCAGGUUUAAACUCUAUACUAUCUCCUAUAUCUCCUUCCCUCUCUACAGCAGCAAAUAGAUUAGAGCUUCUAGAUCCUACACAUAGAGGUUUACAUAGGUUUGUUCCGAGGCAUCAUGAUGAGAUCGGGAUAGAUAUCGGAGAUCCUGUUUAUGUUCAGAAGGAAGCUGAGGAUUAUUGGUGUGAAGGUAUAAACCUGCGUACAGGUCUGCAGGGUAUAUUUCCUGAAGCGCAUGUGGUAGAUGUAGAAUAUAAUGAUUUUGAUCCAAGUGCUGCAGAAGAGAGAAAGGAGAGAUAUAUUCUUGAAUAUCUCGGUAGUGUUAGAUGUACUAGGCAUAAAGGAACUCAAGUUAUUAUUCAGGCUGUAAAGAAAAGUGCCCAAAUGAAUAAAAAGAAUACAUGUGUACUUGAAAUAGGAGAGAAAGGAAUCAAAAUGGUGAACAAAACAGUUGCUGGGGAUAAGGUGUGCGGGGAUCCGAACCAAGAAUAUUUCUUCCAUCUGAAAAAUGUAACUUUCUGUGGUUUCCAUCCUAAAGAUCACAGAUACUUUGCUUUUAUUACGAAGCAUCCGUCACCCUGCGUACAAGAAUACGCAUGUCACGUGUUUAGCAGUGAGAAUUCAACAAGAUGCGUAGCUGAAGCGUACGGGCGAGCUUUUCAUCGGUUCUAUAAAACAUUUAUAGACACAGUGUUUCCCACACAGGACUUAUAUCUGGAAUAAAUAUAUACUAGCGGCUUUA